GGGUGAGUGCUGCGGGCGGGGCGGGCGCUCCGCCUGACGUGGCUGCGGGAGCGGGGCCGAGCCCAGCGCCAUCGCGGGGGCCGCCCGAGCGCGGCACGGCCGGGCCCAGCACCGCCGAACCGCGCUCUUCCUGCAAGCUGUUUUUCCCCAGUGAUCCACUGAAGAUUGUGAAGGCAAAAGGCCAAUAUAUGUAUGAUGAGGAUGGAAGGCAAUACCUUGACUGCAUAAACAACGUUGCUCACGUCGGGCAUUGUCACCCUGAUAUAAUUAAAGCAGCCCAUGAACAGAAUCAGCUGUUAAAUACAAAUUCUCGUUAUCUUCAUGACAACCUGGUGGAUUAUGCAGAGAGACUUUCAAAAACGCUACCUGAGAAGUUAUGCAUCUUCUAUUUUUUGAAUUCUGGAUCUGAAGCCAACGAUCUUGCCCUGAGGUUGGCACGACAGUACACAAGACACGAGGACGUCAUCGUGUUAGAUCAUUCUGCCAAUUGUUUUUUAAGUGCUUACCAUGGACAUCUGACAUCUUUGAUUGACAUAAGCCCAUAUAAAUUCAGAAAUCUAGAAGGACAAAAGGAAUGGGUCCACGUGGCUCCUGUUCCAGACACAUUCAGAGGACUUUAUAGAGAAGACCAUGAAGAUUCAGUGACAGCCUAUGCUGAUGAAGUGAAAAAUAUUAUUGAGCAUGCACAUACGAGAGGCAGAAAGAUUGCUGCAUUUUUUGCUGAAUCUCUACCAAGCGUGGGAGGUCAAAUCAUUCCACCAGCGGGUUAUUUUCAAAAGGUUGCCCAGCACGUGCACAAGGCAGGAGGUGUAUUUAUUGCUGAUGAAAUUCAGGUUGGCUUUGGCAGAGUUGGGAAGCACUUUUGGGCAUUCCAGCUUCAGGGAGAAGACUUUACACCUGACAUUGUCACUAUGGGGAAACCAAUAGGAAACGGGCACCCUCUUGCCUGUGUAGCAACAACAGAGGAAAUUGCAGAAGCAUUUGCAGCUACAGGAGUGGAGUAUUUUAAUACAUUUGGUGGAAACCCUGUUUCAUGUGCCAUUGGAUUGGCUGUGCUGGAUGUGAUUGAGAAGGAACACCUUCAGGCUCACGCCACAGAGGUUGGCAACUUCUUGAUGAAGCUACUCAAGGAGCAGCAAGUCAAGCAUCCCAUCAUUGGUGAUGUCAGAGGUUGUGGCUUAUUCAUUGGGGUGGACUUAAUCAAGGACCAAGCAGAAAGGACCCCAGCCCCAGCAGAAGCAGAGUAUCUGAUAACAAGACUUAAGGAGGAAUAUAUUCUACUGAGUACAGAUGGACCAGGAAGAAAUGUGCUGAAAUUCAAGCCCCCAAUGUGCUUCAAUAUGGAGGAUGCAAAAUUUGUUGUGGAAACAAUGGACAAGAUACUAACAGAUAUGGAAAAAGGAUAUCUGAACCAACAGAAAACAUCUACCUGUUCUACCUGAGCAGGUUUCAAACAAUGUUCAAGAUCUACUACUAAGAAACAUUAUUCUACUAUAAUCACAUUUAAUCUUCAAUCCUAGCAUGUCUUAGACCAGAUAAGUCACCUUUGAUUUUGUUAUUUUCAGUUAUCUUGUUUUUAGUAAAAUCUUUCGGAGAAAUAAAUUUUACAAGAGCUUGUCUCAA